AUGUUCCAUCAAUUUGUUUUGUGGGUAGUGGUGUUUAUACUUCUAUUCAAUUGCUACAAAUUUCAUUUUAAGAAGUUAAAUGGAGACGACGAGUGGUUUGAUAUCAAAUUAUAUAGAGUUGAUAAAUUAGCAUACAAAAUUAAAAUAAAAACAAACCGCGAAAUUGAAAACGAGGCAUGUCCUUCUAAAGAUACUUACUCAUCUGAAUUUGAUCACAUAAAUGGAUAUGGUAAUUUAAGUGAAAGUGCUGGAAGCGGAAGAAUGAUUAUGAAACAAAUAAAAUGUCCUCCAGAGUCUGGUAAACGAAAUACUAUACCGGAAUCGGAGAUAUCACUGGAACAACAAAUAACAAUCUCGUCUGCCUUCGCCCGUGCCGAGCACUUCUCGUUCGACCUACUCGAGCCAGACGACGCCGACGUGGAGUUGACGUUCGAGCAGCGCUACGAGCAAGAGUACCUCCACGCGGAGCACGACGGCGCCAGCGCGAAGUCGGCGGCGAGCUGCGCAGACGAGGCCGACUUCCACGUGCGUGAGUUCCUCCGCUUCCUGGCGCUCAAGUCCGUGCGCCCCGACGUGACCCCCUCGGUUGUUGUGGACAACGUCUUCCACCUCGCCCUCACGUACACCGUCGCGUACGCCCACCUCUGCGCGCUGGUCGGCGGCACCUUCAUCCACCACGACCCCACCCCCGGCGGCGACGCCGCAAACGCGCGCUACAUGCGGCAGUACGAGGACGCGCUCGAGCUCUACGCCCUCGCGUUCGGCGCCCCACCUCCGAGGAGCGUGUGGCCACCCGUCGCGGAGAGGAUGGACCCGCAACGAGACUAUGUCUCGUUGCCAAGGUCGCGGGUCCAGGAGCUCCGCGCCGCGGCGAUGAAGAGCAACAUUAUAGGGGGGGUAUGGUAA